UUGUUUAAUUCCUGCAGCGAACGUCUCGGACUGAUAUACGAGGUGUGGGUCUGCAUUUUUCAGAGACAAAAAAAAGAAAAAGGGAGACGACGAUAAGUGUCGAUAAAAAGAAGCCUCCUUACCAGUUCAUAAUGGCCAUGCCCUUCCGGCCAGGGUGGUCCGUGUGAGAAGGGAAUCUGAGAAGAGAAAAGCAGACAGUUUACAAGAAGGGAGAGUUUUCCACGGAGCAUGGCCUCCACCAAAGAUGAUGGCUUGGAUGAGAGACUGACACGCAUUAAACAAGAGGACUAUGAGUGGGGUGCACCCGAGAGUCCGUGUGUGAAGCUGGAGGAUUUUAGAGGACACGUGUCAGAUUUUAAAGAGGAUGAGCCCAAGGAGGAGACUCGUGACAUUAAAGUUGAGGAUUCAGAGGAUUUCCCGGUUACUCUUGGUGCGCAAAUGCCAGAAACUGAGAAUAUUUUCAAGCAAGAUGUUGGUGAAUUGUGUCAUUCCAGUUUGCAGCCCUGUUUCACUAUUAUGGAACAACUGCCUACCCGGCAAAAGUCUAUAGAACUGAAAUCUGAGUUAUCUGAGGUUGAAGUGAAAAUAACUGAAGGAUACGGGACAGACGCAGAUAAGCAGCCAUCAUCUAUGAAUAUUAGAAUAAAUUCACACGAAAAUGGCAGCGUAUCUCCAACAUCAUGUUGUGAGACUUCUCUUCAGUGCAGACCACAACACAAACAGAACAAGAAGAUGAAGAUAUCUACAAAUGGAUCACACAAUUCAACAGCAGCCUCUUUGCAAAGUAGUUCUCUUCCUAAUGUCAAAAGAAGAAGGAGAGAAGCCAUCAAAACUAAUAAACACGUGGAUAAACAUGUCAGAACUCACACUGAAGAGAAACCACACUGUUGUGCAGAAUGUGGUAAAAGAUUCUCUCAAAUAAGCUAUCUGCAGAGGCACACAAGAAUCCACACUGGAGAAAAACCUUUUUGCUGUCCAGAAUGUGGCAAACGAUUCUCACACAGCAGUAGUCUUCAGGAACACACAAUACUUCACACUGGAGAAAAACCCCAUUGCUGUCUAGAAUGUUGUAAACGAUUCUCACAAUUAAGCCAUCUUCAAACACACACAAGAAUCCACACUGGAGAAAAGCCUUAUUGCUGUCCGGAAUGUGGCAAGCGAUUUUGUGACAGCAGUGCUCUUCAGAAGCACUCGCGAAUUCAUACUGGAGAGAAGCCAUAUGGCUGUUCUGAUUGUGGAAAACGAUUCUCACAAGUAAUACAUCUUCAGAACCACUCGAGAACCCACACUGGAGAGAAACCUUAUUGCUGUCCUGAAUGUGGCAAACAGUUCUCACAAGUAAGCCAUCUACACAGCCACACAAGAAUCCACACUGGAGAGAAACCUCAUUGCUGUCUAGAAUGUGGAAAACGCUUCUUACUACCUAGCCGUCUUCACAUUCACACAAGAAUCCACACUGGAGAGAAACCCUAUUGCUGUUCUGAAUGUGGCAAACGAUUCUCUGACAGUAGAGGUUUUCGGAACCACAUACGCAUACACACCGGAGAGAAGCCAUACUGUUGUUCUGAAUGUGGCAAACAAUUUUUCACCAGCAACAGUCUUCGCCAGCACGUACAAAUUCACACCGGAGAGAAGCCAUACUGCUGCUCUGAAUGUGGCAAAAGAUAUGCAAGUAAUUCCAGUUUUCGUAAGCAUGCGAAAAUGCACACUGGAGGAAAACUUUUGUUGUUGUUCUAAAUGGGAUAUACUGUAGGACUGCCAUUUUGUCAUAGACACUAAACAAUUCACACUCAAGAGAAACAAAGCCCUGAGGUGUAAGUGAGGGGGAAGAAGGAGGGAGUCAAAAAGUCACCCACCUAACUACUCAAGCCCUUUUCACAUGGUGGAUUUCAUUCUAUAGGAUUGCUACCAAAUCACGUCAUGGUGAAUCAAUUUUCUUGGCAUAAAAUGACCAAAAGUAAUAUCUCAUUACUGGCCACAUGUUUUCCAGGAUUGAGUGCCCACUGCCUUCCUCAGCAUUAUUAUAGGUGAUGAUGGUAGUGUUAGUGCAACAACUACUGAUAAAGAGAAAAAGACCUCCAAUGUAGUGCCAGUUCUGAUGAAGAGUGUUGCUGGUCCCACCACAAAGGAAAUGGAGAAGACCACAUAAACAUAUUUGGUGCAAGAAAUUGAGAGGACUGACCACAGGCUAGUGGUCAACUGAGGAUAAAGAGGAGGUCAUGUAGCGAUUCUCAAUUUCCAAUAAAGGGAUAAGCCUGGAGAGCUCGGGGAAAACUUCAAUCCAGAAAUGAAAUCUCAAGUGACCUAACAAGUGCAAACGUAAGAUCUGUAAUCCUAAUUAAUUAAAAAAAAGCAAAUGUGUCAGGAAAAAAAGUAGAAUACAUCUCCAAGGAAUUACAAAAGAGGAAGUAAUAAGUGUAACAAGUGGAGAUCCAGCAGGUAUUAGAACAGAAAGGGAGCAGAGUUGGCAUUUACCCCAUCCUGAAAACCCAAAUAUGAAUAGAGAUACCCAAUAAAUGAUUGUCAUCUAGAGGUGGAAAGUCCCCAAGAGCAUCUGAUGCUGAAAUAGUAACACACUAACAGAAAAGCAAGAGGUUCUGGAAAAGCAAAAAAUGGAUGUACAUCAGACUGAAGGUGACAGUGAAAGCUCAACUCCAAAAAUCACAAGUGGAUCCCAUCCCUGUGGUCAAGGGUGAGGAAACAACAAAAGAAAUAUCAGCAAAGUUACUGGAACUGAAAAAAAAAGAGGAAAACAGCUAAAGUGGAUGACCCAGAAAGAGCAGAAGUGACUCCAUCAGUAGAGGACAAGGAAAUUCAAGAAGUGAAGGAGCAGCUCCUGGACCUGACGUGAACACCAGCAUCUGCAAAAGAGAGAAGUUACCAAGAAUAACAUGAAACCGAGCCAUAUAAACUCCUAAAGGUGAGGUGUUCACAGCCAUGUGGGGUUAUGGCAGGUGGUGUUUGCUUGUCUGUGAUGGGAAGUUCUGGACUUAAAGCAGGCGAUGUUUGCCUCUUCUAUACUUGUGGCUGAAAGUUCACAAAUUAACAUCAUGCAAAGAUCAUAUACAAUGUGUGACUCGGAUGAACAGCCUGCCUUGCUUCUCUUUAUCCUGUCUGUAAAGUCCAAAGAGCCCUCUACAGCUGAGAUUCUGAUAAAUGGGCAAAGAGUAAAGGUGAAAGUUUAUAAACGGAGACUGGCCUGAAGCAUUGGUGGGGUAUUGGGUUGGGGUUUGGGUAGGGGGGCACAGCAAACCAAGCCCAGAGCUGAUUAUUCAUUUCAUGGGUCUGUGAUUUAUUUUUCAUUUAAUUAACCCCUAAAAGAGUCUACACUGUAAUAGAGAUAAAGCACAACAAGGAAUAUAAAAUGGACUUCACAACAGUGGAGAGGAUCAUCCAGUACGGUGCCAACUAAACUCAUCACCUCUAAAGUAUCGGCACCUAAGAGAAAGAAGACAACAAAGCUGAACUCCUCCUAUGAUGGAUGAAUUGACAGAUGGAUAGAAACAUAGGUAGAUCUGAAAGGCACUAUAUGAUAAAUAUGAAUGGCACUAUAUAAUAGAAUUGUAAGGAACUGAUAGAUAGAUAGAUAGAUAGAUAGAUAGAUAGAUGUGAAAGGCACUAUGAUAAAUAUGAAUGACACUAUUUAAUAGAAUUGUAAGGAACUGAUAGAUAGAUAGAUACAUGUGAAAGGCACUAUAUAAUAGAUAUGAAAGGCACUAUAUAAUAGAUAUGAAAGGCACUAUAUAAUAAAUAUGAAUGGCACUAUAUAAUAGAAUUGUAAGAAACUGAUAGAUAGAUCGAUUGAACUUUAUCCCCAGAGGAAAUGACUGAAGAAGACAUGAAUGCACAAGUAAAAGCCUCCAUGGAAAGAGCGAGGUCACAGAAGGGUCUCACAAACGUACAACAUCUGAAAUUCUAGUUCUGGAUAUUAACAUAUGAGGACUUGGCCUUCAUAGUAGCAAAAAAAAAAAAAAAAAACAAAACUUGAAACUCUGGAAGAAUCACAAAAGGUAAGAAGGAACAGAAAGAAAGGGGACAGAACAGACUAUUUAAGGAAAACCCCAAAACACUUCCUCCUUGGCUCCUGUUUAAAGUGCUUCUUUUUUUUAUCAUCUUUGUUCUUUUUCAUUAUCAUUCAUUGCUUUCCAUUGUUUUUGUAAUGCUGUUCUAGUUGUGCAUUAUUGAAUUAUUUUGUUUAUCCCAUCCAUUCAUUAUCUAACCUGCUAUAUCCUAACUACAGGGUCACAGGGGUCUGCUGGAGCCAAUCCCAGCCAACACAGGGCACAAGGCAGGAAACAAACCCCGGGCAGGACACCAGCCCACCGCAGGGCACACACAUUAGUGACAAUUUAGGAUCGCCAAUGCACCUAACCUGCAUGUCUUUGGACUGUGGGAGGAAACCGCGGGAGAACAUGCAAACUCCACGCAGGGAGGACCCGGGAAACGAACCCAGAUCUCCUAACUGCAAGGCAGCAGCGCUACCCACUGCGCCACUGUGCCACUCAUUAUUUUGUUUAGUUUUUCUUUUUAUUUUUAUUCUACGUCGUAAUUCUUCAGUUUCCAUGUAUGUUAGUUAUCCUGUUCUCUGAUGUUCAAUGCAUUUUGUGGGUGGAUUCCAAAGAGGCGGGGGCACCUGUCCAUCACUUUUAAGGAACCACCCCCAGCUCUAUGAAGGCAGCCUUGGAAUUGAAGUCCUCUGCAGUUCAUUUCCAUUGUUAGCUUGUUAGUCUUAAUUCUUUUGUGAUUUCUGAUACACAGAGAGGACUUUCUGCCCUGGUGUAUAGACGUUCUUCCAUGUCGUGUUUUUCUGACUUUGACAGCUAGGAUUACUUUUGGCAACUCCUUUUUUUUUUUUUUUUGGGUGUUUUGUUGUAUUUUGUUCUUUAUGGUACCCACCCAUAAAAAUCACACUGAAACCUAUAAAACCUUUGAUACCCUCCUCCCAAACACACACACACAAAAGUAGGAAGCGAUGAAGAUAAGUUGUAUUUUAUCCUUUACUCUUAAUAAACCAUCCUUUAUAAAGAUGCCUUGUGGCCUUGCUCUCUUUAUGCCAGGGGUUUAUGGUUAUUCUUUCACUUGCUGGCUAGUUUGAAUGUGUUUGAGGACAUUACAGAACUUUUUUUUUUAAUUUUGAAAGAGAAGCUCCUGGUGUAAACUGAAGUCAACCCCCUACUGGGAUGCUUGGCUGCAUUUUGGUGCAAUUCCUCUGGGCAGGCUGGUGAGAUUUCUAGUCUCACGUUCUGCAUGUUUUUGAAGGCCUUACACAACUUUGGGCAAUUUGUGAGAUGAAUCACAACACCCUGAACUAGGAUAUGUUUAAAAUACUAGCCAUGUGUGCCCAACUACGUUGCGUGUGUUAAUGUUGUCUGUGAAGGGCUC